AUGCACCCAAUAUCUACCCAGAUCUUAAGAUCAACUGCAAAGAAGGCAUUUAGAAACUGGCAUGUGAUCAGCAAGUUCAUCAAAGUUGCAAUAGUUGGAAAGAUGUCGAUCUAUUCUAAGGCAGGACACACUGGAGGUGCGAAGCUGUGGAGGCUGAAAGGUUGCACACCAGGUUUGAUCGCAUGUGGUGUGACUUUGCUUGUUUUUAUUCUAUCUCCUGAUCAACAGUUCCUGGGAUCGGGUGUUGGCACUAUCUCAUUGAUAUCUUAUUCCAAUGUCUUCAGAAUGGUGAAGAAAUUUUUUGUCACUCAAUGCCAACAAGACAUCCACAACCUUGGCCAAAAUGUGGACAAUGCUCAGAAGGACCUUGCUGAUUCACUGAAUCGGGUGAUGGCAUCCUUAGACAAUGAAGAUUCAUCGGAUGAUGAUCUGUACAAUAAUGCAGUGGCAGUUGCAGCCCCUAGUACCCCAGCUGCAUCAUUCACUACAUUCAAGCCUGCAGCUACAGUCUCAGUCACAGCCCCUACUCAUAUCCUCACUCAUAUUUUCAUGGCCUUGCUGCCCAUGCCCAUGCUCACUGUGCAAAACCAUGACCACCUAAUAGUGUCUGAAUCUUUGGGAUCACACAGCACAUCUGUGCCUGUCACUGGAUCCUGGACUGGAUCUGCCCCUGCUCAAACUCAUGUUCCAGCUGCUGUAGAAGUGAUACCACCCAAUGCUGGAGAAUCUGCAUCUGACAUCAACACCAAAUUGACUAAUAGUAAAAAGGGGAGAAAAGGGGGUCAUUUAAAGGCAGAUACGGAUGCACCUCCUCAAUGUUCUUCCCACAAAGUAGUUUAA